AAGCCACUUGCAGAGAGAUCCAAUGGCGGUCCAAGUGACGAGCUCCUGCCUUGUGACUCCCGAGAAGGAGACCCCCACCCAAGCCAUUUGGCUCUCCACCUUGGAUCUCUUCCAGAUCCGGGCUCACGUCGCCACCGUCUACUUCUACAGACCGCCCGCCACCGGUGACCCCGCCGGCUUCUUCUCGCCGGAGGCCCUCAAGGCUGGCCUGCGCAAAGCCCUGGUGCCGUUUUACCUGUUUGCCGGCCGGAUCGGCACCGACCGGAACGGCCGGACCGAGAUCAAGUGCAACGGCAAGGGCGCGCUCUUCGUGGAAGCCAAGUCGGAGGAGCUCACCGUCGAUAAGUUCGGAGACUUCGCGCCGUCGCCUGAGUGCAGGCGGAUGCUGGUACCCAGCGUGAGUCCUGACGACGGAGACGACGCCGUCCCUCUUCUACUGCUUCAGGUCACGUACUUCAAGUGCGGCGGAGUGUGCCUGGGCGUCGGCCUGCACCACUUGGUCUCCGACGGCGUCGCGUCCCUUCACUUCAUCAAUGCGUGGUCGGACAUCACCAGGGGCGUCGACCUCGCGGUGCCGCCCUUCCUCGACCGCACCCUUCUCCUCCCUCGGUCCCCGCCGUCGGUCCUCUUCCCCCACCACGAGUUCAAGCGGUGCCCCGCCGGGCGCAACGCGUCCGCCGACAAGCCCGCCGUGUCCACCGCGAUCCUCGCGCUCUCCGCCGACCAGCUCGCCGCGCUGAAGACCGCGUGCGCCAAGGUGGCGUCGAGUCGGCGCGUCACCACCUACGAAGCGGUGGCCGGGCACGUCUGGCGUCGCGCAUGCGAGGCCCGCCGCCUCGACGCCGGACGCGAGACCCGCGUCUACAUCACCACCGACGGCCGCCGCCGCCUGAGGCCCCCGCUGCCACCGGGAUACGUCGGGAACGUGAUAUUUCCGACCGUCGCGGUCGCGACGGUCGGGGACGUGACGUCAGAGACGACCGCGGACGCCGCCAGUAGGAUCCACCGCGCCAUCACUCUCAUGGACGACGAGUACUUGCGGUCUGCGCUGGACUUCUUGGAGAUGGAGGAGGACGUGAAGAGUCUGGGCCGAUGGGCCGGCAACUUUACGUCGGCGGAUCUCUCCAUCACUUGCUGGACGUCCCUCCCGAUCUACGAAGCCGACUUCGGCUGCGGGCUGCCGGAGUUUAUGGGGCCGGCGACGAUGUUCUAUGGCGGUCUGUGCUACAUUAUGCCCAAGCCGCCGGCCAAGGCGGGGGGCGUUUUGGUGGCCGUCUCACUGGAGGCGGAGUUCAUGGACCGCUUCAAGGAGCUCUUCUAUGACACCAACGCCGAGAAGUGAGAAGGAGCACAACUGCAGUCCGGUUUGCUUAUCUAUGUUGUGAUGAAUGGAAUGUUCUAUGA